ACGCGCCCUCGAUCGAAAUCACAGCAGAAACGCGACAUGGACUACGAAAAGAAAAUGCCCCAGCCAGCACAGAACUAUGGAGAGCAAGGCGCUGCAGCACCACCGCCUGCUUAUUAUCAGCCCGCACAGCAGGCUGGUUAUCCACCACAGCAAGGAGGCUACCCACAGGCCUAUCCAGCUCAAACCUAUGGAGCACCACAACCACAACCACAGCGAACUCAGACAACAGUUAUCGUACAAAAUGGUAACGGUUGGUUUAGUACCAACCAACGCAAUAAGCCACAGAGUAAUGCCGUUGGCGCUGCUUCGCUAAUCUUUAUAUCGGGUGGCAUGAACAUUGCCUGGAGUGUGGGCUAUCGAGGAGCCUUUUACACUAAUAUUGCGUUGCAUACACGCGUUGCUUGGUUUAUAGGCGCCAUUAUAGGCGCACUGCUUAGCUGUGGCUUGCCCAACAAAAUUCCCAGAAAAAUAAUUAUGUGCUUCAGUUCCUUGUUGGUAAUCAUUGGUGGCAUUUUAUUUGUAUCAACACGCUUCAAUUUUGAAGCGAUUGAAGCGGCUUUGUAUAUGGAUGGCAUAGGCAACGGAUUGUGCUUUGCACCCGCUUUGGCACUUAUUGGUGAGGUAGCCGUGCCUUAUAUGCGUGGCUCGAUUGCAGCGCCGUUGGAACAGCAAGGCGUCAUUCUGGGCUUCUUUAUUCAGAUUAUCUAUGUGAUCUCCUGGGGCACGGAACUGUAUGAUCCCAACGAAUUCAAUGCCAAUCAGCUGCAUGGCGUGCUGUCCAUUGUGUAUGGAAUCAUUGCCCUGGUUUUGGGCGCACUUCUGAGCAUCGAAUCGCCUGUGAUGCUCCUGGAUAAUGGCGAGGAACAACGCGCUCUGGAUGCACAACGUCGCUUGCAGCGUCCCUAUAUUGUGACCAAUGAGACGCAUCAGCUGCUGGAGGAGAGUAAGCGCUAUGUGGCAAUGAAUCGCGAUAUGUCCUUGGGUGAAAGCAUUGCACAGGCUCUUCCUGCUUUCUUCAAGCUUUGCUAUUUGCGCGCUCUCAAUGCCAUGAGCCUCUGCAGCUACAUGACCGUAGUACUGGCACUCUCUUUGCUCUUUCAGUCCUUGAGCGGAACUCUCUUGUGGCAGUUUUUUUUGUUUGCCGCUUGCCGUUGGAUCGGAACCUUUAUCACCUCGUUCUGCACUGAGUCCGUGGGUCGCAAGAAACUGACACUGAUGGGUCUGUUUUUUUGCUGUCCCUUUGCUAUCGCUGUUGGCGCUUUGCUUUACGGCAACCUGACUCACGACUAUCUGAACACAAUUUUCAUACUAUUGUGCAUAUUCCAAGUGUUUGCAGGCGUUGCUUUUACGCCUUCUUCAUGCUACCUUACCGAAGCCUAUCCGCUGAAAGUAAAGACACCGUUCAUAGCAUGCACUUUCAUUGUAGAAGCCGCCGUCUACAUAAUCAUAUCUAGCUGCACGGUUUCUGUAAAUAGCGCUGCUUUAUUCUUCAUUAUCAUGGGAGCCUUGUGUCUUGCUGGUUGCGUGGUGGGCUUCGUUUGCUUGCCCGAGACUAAAAGGACUACGCUCCGUCAGGCGCUCGAUAAGUUCAAAGGUAUUGUUAGCCCAGGCUUUUAAAAACCCAACAAAAUAUGACGACAAAUAAAAGUCCAUUGAAAACGACAGAAAUUGUAUUGAAGCUACUUCUAUUCUCUUUUGUAAAAACUGUUUAAUGUGAUAACAACGCGUUUAGGCAAUAAAUUAAAGUACUAAAAAUUCAAAAA